AUGAUGAAAAUGAAAGAUACAUUAUGUCUUUCGCUUCUUUUUUACAUUGUAAAUAUUCACUGCAAAGAUCUUUGGAAAUUAAAUUUAACAACUUUAGAAGACAAUUCGUUAUUUCUCCAAUGGCGACCGACUUACCAUAUUUUAUCACCAAAUUCUUGGAUGAACGAUCCAUGUGGUCCUUAUUACAAUCCCAAAACACAAACUUAUCAUUUGUACUACCAAGUUCAGCCUGGUUUUAUUCAAUGGGGCAAUAUUUCCUGGGGUCAUCUUAAAUCUACGGAUAUGNAGAUUUUUAUUUACUUACUUAUAUUUUCUAAGGUGGAACAUUCGGAAAGGAUAUCAGAUACAAUUCCAACGAAAGUUUUGAUAGUUCGCACGAGAUUAUCCAGUUUAGAAAAGGACGAAAUCGAACAGAUGGUCCAAUAA